AUGUUUGAAACAGAGACAUUUUCCUGUUCUUCUAAGGACAGCAGUGAACCAUCCAAGGACAAGAACAAGAGCAUUCCCACAAAGCACCGUAGCUGUGCUAUUAUAAAUACACUAUUGCCUUGUAUCAACAAAACCAUUUAUCACAUUCAAGAGCUAGAAUUGAAGAUAGAGAAAUGCUUUCAACAGCAUGAUUAUGUGUUUAAGGAGGAGAAAAUACCAUGGUAAGAUCAAACAAAACAUGUCAGGGCUGGAGUUAUUGAAGAUAUUUGGUUAUCAUUCUCCAGCAAAUUGGAUUUUAAAGAAGCUGAUGAAUCUUGUGAAGACAUCAAGACAUUAACCUUGAAGCAGGAAACAGAAGCUUCACUAUUGAAAGUUACUGAGCUAAUUAAACGGUUGGAGGCUGAUCGUGAGGAGGCAGAAAAAGCUUUGGAGUUGGAGAGACAGCAAAGCAAAAAGCUUGGCAUGAAAAUUGCUAGUAUGUCACUUUGGAGGCUUCAGCAGCUCCCUGCAGCUGUGCAAAAAGUGUAUGAAAUGUAUGUUGAAGCUAUUUCGGAGCUCCGGUGGCGUUUAGAUUGUAAAAGCCGUCAGCUGCGACAGCUACAAACCCAAAUCCUUCAGACGGAAAGAGCCAACAGAGAGAUUCAGGAGGAUGUAGACUUCACGAAGAAACACAGCCCUCUGCUGGAAGAAAAGCUGAAGCUGGAGGGUGAGGCUGUGAAGGAUGUGUUACUGACUUAUGAGAAGGCAUCAAAAAGAUACAGUGAUGUUUGUUGUGAACUCAUGGAAAUCCAAAAGACAAUGAAAAGAAUUGAUGAAGAGUCUGAAGAGAAGAUAAAAUCUAUGGAUGAGGAAAUCAAAUCUGCUGAGAUGCAGCUGAGUGAAUACAAGAAUGAGUUAAAGCAUUCUGAAUUUAUUUGGACCGAAUACUGUAUGAAGUUAAAAGAAACAGAGGAGAAGAUUAUAAAGGAUGAAAAACACCUUGAGGAGUUAGUGAAGCAAAAAGCAGAAAUCCAGGAAGAUGCAAAAUGUUGGAACAGCAAAAUAGAGGACUUGAAUAAUGAACUAUCUGCCCAAGGAGAUGAAAAUAUAGAUGAUGCUUCUGAAGUCAUUAAAGCUCUGGAAGAAUUUAAAUUCACCAAGGAAAGUGAUCACCAGCAUGUAAAGCAAAAGCUUCUCAGUAUGAAUGAAGCAUUGGACAUUUUGAAGCGUGAAAAUGAAGGACUUGAGGGAGAAAAUGCAGAGUUCUUGCAAAAAAUCAGGAAGAGUUCAAGAAAAAAGAAGGUGUAUCAAUCAGAACUAGAGACUAUUUGCAAAAGCAUGUCUGAGAUUGAACAGAAAAUAGCAAGAGCAAAUGAAGAUCUCUGUAAUGCUGAAUUGUCCUUCAGCAAAACAAAAAGCAAGCAUGAGGACUUGAAUGAAAGCAAAACUGCAGAAGAAAUCUCUUACAGGAAUUCAGAGUUGAGUCUUAAAAAAGAAAUUCAAGACCAAAAAGGAGUUGGGAAAGUAACUCAGGCCAGGAUUAAAGCAAUACAUGAUGAGCUAGAGGAAAAGCAAAAAGAGAAACUGAAGACAAGAAAGGAAGAUAAAAAGAGGAUAGAAGAGAUGAAGAAACAAGUAGCUGAUCUAGAAACUGAGUGUAAAAGAAAAAAAGAUAAAUUUAAAGACAUCCAUGAAAAGCUGUCCUGUUUGGAUCAGAGAGUACAAGAGCUAAACAAACAGCAGAAGCAAACUGAACACCAACUGGAACAAAAAUGAACUACUAUGCAGCAGAAGUUAAAUGAUAUACAGGAAGAAAAUUCAUUUAUUUCCAGUUAAAUUGCUAAAAACUCUCACAUUAUGGAAAAUUUAAAAAAAGAACUUAAAGAAUUAAAUGAUUUAUGGAACAGGAAGCAAAUACAGAUGGAAAAUACAGAAAAAUCUUUAGCUGAUCUGCAGAAAAAUCUAAGUGGUGUGAUGUUUAAGCAGCAAAAUAUUCAGUUGAUAUUUAAUCAUCUUCAAGAUGAACUAGCAGAAUAUGACAAAAGGUUAAAGGAGGAAGAAAAAACAUAUGAAGAAUUGCUACAGAUUAGAAAGAAAAACCUGAAAGAAUCAGAAAUGAAUUCAGAGCAAAUAAUUGAAGAAAAUCUGUGGUUAGCUCAAGAAUAUAAAAUCUCUCAGAGCUCCUUCUUAGAGAGUAAAGAAGAUCUCCUGCAACUCUGUGACAACAGAAUCAGGGCAGAAGCUGCCUUUAGAGAUCAUCAACAGCUGUGGUUGCUUCAGGCUGGGGCCAUGCUCUGUCUUUGUGCCUAUCUGCACCGGGGCGGCCUCUGCAUCCCGGCUGGGCUGGCGAGGAUCCAGGCAGCCUCUCAGGAGAACGCUCAGAAAAUAUUAGCUGUGCAGGGGGAGUUGUCAAAAGCAAUCCAGCACAUCACUGCUUUCUGGUGCUCUUUGACAGAUGGCUCUGCGGCUCCAGACAACAAUGCAAACAACCAGUGUAUCUUGGAUGCUGGAAGAAGAGACAAGAAAAGUCACACAGUUCAGAUAACAGUGUAA